AUGAUGAACAAAUACGAGAGAGACAUUCUUAUGACAAGAAAAACAAGGAAGUAUAAAGAGUUCACAAAGAACAUUGAAGAUAGAAAACUUACAAUGGAAAGGAUGCAAAUUCUUGGAAUUAAACUUGAUUAUGUAACUGCUUUCAUCGAUAGGGAAUAUGGAUGGCAUGUAACAUUUGCACAUCUUCUCCAACUAGCGGAGGUACUUCAUAAAAAGCUAGAUAUCCAGCUUGACCGCCUUGCAAAGCGAAAUCGAAGUGCAUUACUAUGCUGGUACACAGAAACCUGGGAUUUGAUACAGCCAAAGCUGGUAUCUAUGAGGAAGAGAUCAAAUAGAAGAAGGAAAUCAAUAAAACAAGAAGUCUCAUCACCCAGAAAUAAUCAAAUAUGCAACGCUCGCGAAGAUGGAGUAGAGGCAAUCAAAUUAGUCGAUCCUUCAAAUAUAAAUUCACUUCUUAAUAGACAUUAG